CAUCUAACAGAAGAGAAAAAAUCUUGUUUAAAACUUAAAACCCUACCGUUGGAAUAAUGAGGUCGUAUCGUGCUCGAUAGCUCGUCGUUCUCUCUUAUAACUCAAAAUGUAUUGAACACGGAUGUUGUUAACUCCCUUGCUACGAUAGGAGAUAACGUCGAAACGGAAACCACAGCUUCAUAGAAAUAGUUUGUCUUGUGCUAGGGGGACAUCCAGUGAAAUGGUCUUGAAAAAUGACAGUGCCUGUCCCCACUUGGAAACAGAUGAAAAUGGCAUUGACAGGGAAAGUGAAUCACAACAUGGAAACACCUCCCCAGUUCGGCAAUGGAUUCGUGAGUCGUGCACAACUGGAUUGUUAAAAAGGCGCCUGCCAUUUCUGCAGUGGGCCCCGAAGUACACAUUGCGAUCCAUCUUCCACGACUGCAUAGCUGGUUUCACUGUUGCACUUACAGCUAUUCCUCAAGGAAUCGCAUACGGGGCUGUAGCAGGACUUCCUGUUGAAUAUGGAUUGUAUACCGCAUUUGCUGGCCCCUUUGUCUACGCAUUACUUGGUUCGGUGCGGCAAAUCACUGUUGGUCCAACAGCGGUUAUGGCUCUUAUGACACAUGAAUAUGCAGUAAAAGGAGGAGCACCCUACGCAGUCGUAUUGUCUUUUCUCGCUGGUUGCAUUGAACUGAUGGCUGGUCUUCUGAACUUGGGAUGGAUUAUGGAGUUCAUAUCCGGGCCUGUUAUCUCAGGUUUUUGCUCCGCCGCAGCUGCUACUGUCAUAGUCGCACAAUUCAAAACUCUUUUGGGUCUUAAAUUUCCCGGUUCAUCUUUCGCCAAAGUUUUCCCAGGCAUCAUCACUAACUGGAAGGAUAUCAAAUUGUGGGAUACUCUCCUCGGUUUUUCCUUUAUGCUGUUUCUUUUGCUUCUCAAGAAUCUGACUCAUAUGAGAAAAGCUUGUACCACCUGGAGCUGCCUUCGCAACCGUCAUGUGAGCAAAGCGAUAUGGUUCGUUUCAACAUGUCGCAAUGCUCUAGCUGUUGUCCUUGGUUGCGUUAUUGCCUAUUCUUUCGAGCUUUAUGGUUAUCAUCCUUUCAAUCUCACCGGUGAAAUCAAAUCAGGAGUACCAUCGUUUCAUUUGCCACCAUUCAGCUUCGAACGUCCCAUAUCAAAUUCUUCCCUUUCCAACUCUACAGAUCCAGGUUUCGAAUUGGUGACAUUUGAUACCAUCGUGUCCGACUUGGGCAUGGGUCUAGUCAUGGUUCCACUGAUAGCCAUUCUGGAACAAGUGGCGAUCGCCAAAGCUUUCUCCAACGGAGGCAAGACGGACUCGACACAAGAGAUGAUUGCCGUCGGGAUGGGCUCGGUCUUUUGUUCUUUCUUCGGAUGCAUGCCGCUGACGGCGUCCUUCUCCCGGAGCUCGGUCAUGUCUGCCAGCGGAGCCAAAACUCAAUUUGCCAAUUUCUUCAACGGCCUUGUGAUAUUGAUAGCACUGAGCUUCCUGAUGCCGACUUUCUACUACAUUCCCAAAUCCGUUCUCGGAGCCGUCAUCAUCGUUGCCGUCUACUCCAUGAUUGAAUUUGAUGAAAUUCUUCCCAUGUGGAGAGGCAGAAGAAUUGAGUUGAUUCCUUUCGGAACGACCUUCUUCUUCUGUUUGCUUAUCAACAUCGAAUACGGCAUUCUGAUUGGCGCGUUAGUCCAUUUGUUGUUGUUGGCCCAUGAAGCUACCCGGACGAAAUCCAGUUAUGUUAGAUAUAAGAAACAAGGUGUAGGAGAACGUAUCAUUCUCAGGGCGGACCGCAAUCUGUAUUUUCCUUCCGUGGAACGAUUUCGCCAAGCACUGGUUAGGAUAUCCAGUGAGAGCAUUGACGAUUCUACACCAAAGACUAUAAUUAUCGACAUGAGCCGCGUCAGCGAUAUAGACCACACGUCACUUAAGAUGCUAAAGGCAAUGCUGUCUUCCUGGGAAAAAGGAGGCGAUAGAUAUUCUUUCGUCAAUGUUAGUGUGAACCUCGAGAAAAAUAUGCUUUCCGUUCUACCAGCUGGAAUCAACAUUUUACGAGCGCCGACGGAUAGCGACACUGGUGGUGACAGCGAAGACAUGGAAGAGGCUGGAGCGUUACUCGCAGUUUCAGUCAGCGGCAAAGACACGCAGGACGUCUAGAAUUGUACGGACAGGUAUAUCUUUAUAGCAACAUACUCUUAUCGAUUCCAAAAACGAUAUUCCUGAACGAGAUAUUGGGACAUGAAAUUAGACUACGUGUACUCCAGCAAUAACAACCGAUAGGAAGCUUGUUGUUAAAUGCAAUGACAGAAGGGAUCAAUUUGAUAACGAGUCGAAUACUCGCUAGCCAAACCGUAUGGAGCUAAAGAUGCCAAAAAAAUUUAUCAAUGAAGUUAACCAUAAAGUUGGCUAAUUUAAUAGGUAUUAGAUUCCCGUGUUUUCCGCCGUUCUCUUAAGCUAUGAAUCUUCCCUAAGCGUGCUCCCAGCUUUUCGGAUUCCCUGCACACUCUUGAUAGACCUGUUUACGCACAAACUGAAAUCAGCACUUUGUUUUUACAGUUUAGGAUUUAUCUUUCUUAUUUAAAGGAACGUAAAGUCUUUUAUCCUGUGCGCUCCAUUGUUUGCCAUUUCACUCAAGUUAUCGAUCUAUUUUAUUUGUUUUCCAAAUAUUUGAGAGGGUUAGCUGGGUACUGGGUAAAAUCGCUAUACUCCGGAUUUAUCUCGAACUCUCUUUUGUUAUGGGCAGGGGUCGUUUGAUUCCCACUGCUGAAAUGCGUUCUCAUCUAUUAAAUAUAGAGCCUUAUUGUAUUGAAUAGGACUCCCUUUGUUGCCUUGAUUGGGUCCAUUUCCUUCCAUUCUUUUAUUGUGUUUGAACCUAAUUUUUCAUAGAUAGAGGCUCCUUUUCUCUUUCAAAAGAAUUGUUUAACUAUAGAAAGUCUAGAAGCACGCCCACAAAUAACUAACUGCACGGAUGCCUCAA